UUUCUUUCGAUAACAUUAUAAUUACUUUAUUCCUGGAAAACAUGUUUAUAUGGUCAGCCUAUCCAAUAGCAUUUUUUCGAUAAAUUCAAGACGACGUCAUAUUUUUGCAAACAGUGCUUUUAAUUGAUAAAUUAAACAUUUUUUUAAGAAACUGUGCAAUAUAGUCUUAUCAAAACUAAGUAUGGCUGAUUAACAAAAAUAUUUCGAAACGUAAACAAUAACAAUUUCUAAUAUUUAUCUAAAAAUAACAUUAGCCGAGGGCAUUUACAAUCAAAAAAGGGGCUGCGUUAGCCAAAGCGGAAAUUGUUAUCUAGCAUCAGAACUAUGGAUAUACCUAUACAUCCCUUAACUAGUGAUCCCACCUCCGCUUGGAAGGAGAUCUCAAAGACUCAACGUGUCAUAAAAGUUACUAUGAAACCUCCUCAAACAGGAGUGGCUUUUAAUAAGGCGCGCGUCGUUUGCAUGAGUGAUACGCAUUCAUUGACCCCCUACAUAAAGUUUGAUAUACCAGAUGGUGAUAUUUUUAUACAUGCCGGAGAUUUUACCAAAUGUGGCCAGUUAGAAGAAGUUAUAGAAUUUAAUAACUGGAUUAGUACUCUGCCGCAUAAACACAAAAUUGUAAUUGCCGGAAAUCAUGAGUUGAGUUUUGAUUCGACAUUUACGCAUCCAUUUCAAAAUCGAAAUAGUAAUGAAAGAAGCAAACAUACUGGUAUGUCUAUACUUGAUGACCUGCCCACAUUGGGCAAUGCCAAAGAAAAUAUUGUAGAUGCCGUUCAAACGCCCAACAUUCGAGAUGUUUUAACCAAUUGUACCUAUAUCGAAGAUGAACUCAUAGAAAUUUGGGGUAUACGUAUAUAUGGCAGCCCUUGGCAGCCAGAAUUCUGUAAAUGGGCUUUUAAUGUACCGCGUGGUUUACCUUGUCUAGAGAAAUGGAAUCAAAUACCAUCAGAUAUUGAUAUUUUAGUUACGCAUACACCACCGGUGGGGCAUGGUGAUCUUUGCUGUUCGGGUGUACGAGCCGGUUGUGUCGAACUAUUGACGACCAUACAGAAACGUGUUAAACCCAAAUAUCAUGUAUUUGGUCAUGUCCACGAAGGUUAUGGUAUAACCUCAGAUGGUCGGGUGAUUUAUGUGAAUGCAUCUACGUGCGAUAUUAAUUAUUUACCUAAUAAUCCUCCUAUUGUUUUUGAUGUAACGUUACCGCCCGGUUGUCGUAAGGAUGAGUAAAAUUAAAUGAAUUAAGCAAUGAACAAACACAGGUGGAUUAUAUUAGUCAUGUUUUUUUGUAGUUUUUUUAGUUUUAUUUGUAUAUAUAAUUUUUAUAUACGCGAUUUUAUGUUUGUGUAACGAUAUUAAUUAUUAAAUAUAUUUUUGUACAAAUUUUUACUAUAAUUUCGUUGUUUUACAAAACGUACUUUUUUUGUUUUUUAUAUGUAUUCCUUUUUUGCACAGAAAAUAAAAGUUUUUAUUAUUUUCACAAGAUAUUUUCAUUUAUUUAAAUGCGCUAAUAUAUUUUAUUUUAUUUUUUGUUUAAGAGGACAAACAUUUUUAAGGUCUAAAGCACAGUAAAAAAAUGCACAAUAUCAUAGAAUAAAUUAUAACUAUUUUCAUUAUUCCCAAGCUAUUGUUAGAGAGUUAUUGAUGGUUUAUUACAAAAUUUUGUAUUAAAUUAAAUAAGCUGAGCUAAAUCCAAAUAUGUUCUCAAAAAUUAAUAGGCUAGGCGUUUGUGUUAUCUACAGAUCAGUCUUUUGUAUGGUCUAUAGAGUUGUCUCUAGUCUUAUGUCCAGAUAGUAGACCAAAAAAUAGAAUAGACUCUUAUUUAGACUAUAGAGUAAUCUCUUUUCUUGUCUAUAGAAUUGUCUAAUUUAUGGAUUAUAUUAAUAGAAUGACUAGACAACAAACUAAAUAACUGUAUAGUCCGUGCCGUAGUCUACAGAGUAGUCUCUAUCUAGUCUUGUCAAUAGACUAGACUUUUAAAUAGUCUAUAUAUUAAUCUCUUAUCUAGUUUAUUGCCUAGUCUAUAUAAUUGUUUCUAGUCUAGUCUAUGGACUUUACUAAUAUAAUGUCUAGUAAAAAGAUCAAUCUGCAGACUUACUAACAGAUUAGUUUUUAUAGCAGUCUCCUGUCUUGACUAACCUGUUAUCAUCUAAACUAUUGUCUAAUUUAUAGGUUAUUCUCUUUUCUAGUAUAUGACUUAGUUUAUAUACUAGACAUUAGACUAGUAUAUUUUCUUGUCCAUAGUUACUUAGACUAUAGUCCAGACUACUGUUUAGUCAAAUGACUAAACAUUUAUGUAUAGUCCAUAGUUAUAUAGACUAUAGCCCAGACUAUUGUCUGGUCUAUACAAAAGUUUCUUAUCUAGUCUACUAUGUAUCUAGCUUAUGAAAAAGUCUGUUGUAUAGUCUUUAGACUAUUCUAAUCUAAUGACUAGACAAUAUUUUAAUCUAUAUGCUAAAUAGCGGAAUAGUGUUCUCUAUAGAGUAGUCUCUUGUCUAGACUGCUAUCUAGUUUAUAGACUAGUCAUGACUACAAUUUUAAGUUUAAAUUGAGAAAAUACAAACUCAUAUUGAGAAUUUCAAUUUAAAAAUUAGAAAAUUCAAAUUAAAGUUCAGAAAUUUAAAUUAAUAUUGAGAAAACCCCAUUUGAAAUGGAGAAAUCCAAACUAAUAUUGAGAAAUAAUAAAAUAAAAUUAAGAAAUGUAAAGUCAUAUCGAGAAAAAACAAAUUGAAUUUCAGAAUCCCAACAUUGUAUUAAGAAAUUACCAAGAAAUUAAUAAAUUAUAAUGAGAAAUUUAAAAUUU